AUGCAAAGGGGUUCCAUUGGUGGUGAGAACUUUAGGGAGCUUGCUCUACUGAAAACUGAGCGACAUGAAUGGGAAUUUAUAAAAGAUAACGACAUAUGGAAACUUGAUCAAAAUGAAAAUGACAUUCUACCUAUGCUAAAAUUGAGUUAUAAUCAUUCGCCAUCUCAUUUGCAAAGGUGCCUAACUCGUUUGUCAUUGUUUCCAAAGGAUACUAUUUAUGAUAUUGAUUAUAUCGUCCAAUUCUGGAUGGCCAUUGGACUUACUGAAAGCCCCAAGCAAAACGAAGAGUGGGAAGAUGUUGGAUUACGAUAUUUCAAAGAAUUAUGGUCGAGGGGUUUUGUCCAAGAUGUCGAGGUUGAAUAUACAUAUUACACAUUUAAAAUCCAUGACCUAAUACAUGAUCUCUUGUCAAAUGUGUCUCAAGAUGACUGUUUAACAAUUUAUCCUCAUACAAUAAAUGCUAUUGAUCAUAUUCGACAUCUGUCAUUUUCGGGUGAUAAUCCAUUGAGAGCUCCACAGUCAUUUUUGAAGAAUAUAAAAGGUGUGCGGACAUUAGUGAUCCUACCUUCUUCAGGAAGAAAUAGGAUAAUUGAGGAACAUUUUGUAAAUGCUUCCAUCUUGAAUUUCAAGUUCCUGCGGCUACUUGAUCUCUCCUAUUCAUUUUUGGAAGUAUUGCCCAAUUCCGUUGGCACCUUGAAGCAUUUAAGAUAUCUUGACUUAUCCAGGUGUUAUAGAAUGAGCAAGCUUCCUCGUUCUAUCUAUAAGCUUCAAAGCUUGUUGACAUUAAGAUUGUUGGAUAUUGAUUGCCAAUUGCAACUGCCUCGCAAUUUGCGAAAUUCAAAGCAAAUCCAAAGAGAUACUACGCAUAUAAGUGAGAUUCGACCAGGAUGUUGGAGUUCUCUUCAGUUCUUGUACUGCUACGGAUGUGAGUUGCAGGAAUAUUUGUUUGAAGGAUGCAACAGGGAUGCAACACCUGACAUCACUUCGAAGUUUGACUAUAAAAUGUUGCUCCAAACUAGUCUCACUACCACGAAGUUUGAAAUUUCUAACCAAGCUGGACAAUUGGAAAUACGAGGUGCACCAAAGUUGGAGGAUCUACCGCGAUUGCUUCUUGAUAGAUCUGCUAGCACUUUGCAACUUAUAAAAAUUAACCGCUGUCCCAACUUUGAGAUACUACCGGAAUGGCUACAAAAUCUGUCAUCACUUCAAAAACUUGAGAUUCUUGACUGCCCAAAAUUAUCCUCUCUUCCGGAUGGUUUGGAUCGCCUCACCUUGCUUACCCAACUACAGAUUCGAAAAUUUCUUACGUUGAGUGAAAAAUAUCAACCCGAAGUGGGUGCUGGUUGGUCCAAGAUAGCACACAUCCAAGAGGUAAAUUUUGAAGUCGAUGCUUUGGUGAGAAUAAAGGAGCGGCAUAGUCUUUGUGCCAAUGUUUUGUUGGCUUCAAUUAAGGACUUUAUGGAUUAUGGACUUUAUGGAGAUAUACUAUAA